AUGAAGCGCGAGGCCAGCAUCGAUGCUGAGGGUGGCCCAGCUACCAAACAAGCGCGCCUGUCUCCCAGUGCUCUCGACAACGACAACAUCCCCAGUCUGGAAGUCAAAGAUGCUACCAAGACUCUCUUCAGAGGACUCUGUAAAGAGUUCGGCUCGACUCCUACCGAGCCCAUACGUACAAAGAUCAGUCAGCUGCUUGAUAUCGAUCCAUCAGAAAGCGACCUUGAGCCAGCUCUCUUCGCGUUCGUACAGAAUCUCAGCUUCAUCUGGCGUGCCAAUGAAAGCGCUCUGUUCAUUGGCGUCAAGAACGUAAAAGGUAGAGACCGCCUCAUCUGGUAUAGGCCUUUCAUACCUGGUGCGAGUGUUGGAGCCUGUUUGUGGAUCGACCUUAUAGGCCCAUAUCACGACGAUGGUCUAGUCAGAUACCAUCCUCCGCACGAAGACGUCGUGGACCAAGUUUUGGUCGAUCGUUUCUGGCCGUCUUUUACCACUGCUUUUGGCCUUACCAAUGAAGACGGCAACUACAAGUACAUCGCGGGCGUUCACACCAUCUUGUCUACCUUCCCAAGACUACGUACGUCUUGUACCACUUCCGAACUUCGCCGCUGGGCAGAAGGGCGCUCGACAACUGCGACUCAUUAUGUCCCUCUGCGGAAGUAUGAGCUUCCCUUCUUGCCAGAGUCGGUCUGGAUGUCCAAGCCGAUAGGAUCUCAACGCCUUCAACCCGUCACAGCAUCUGAAGACUCGAAGUCUCGUCCCACCACUCAACCAAACUCUACUACUGAUCGCCGCGCGUCUAUCAGAGAGCUCGGACGCAUCCAAAGCAUCAUUUCAGGCCAAGCUGGUCAGCGUAGACAGCUUGAUGGUAUUGGCGAACAACAGAACAGAGGAAAGCCCGAAGUCAAGAGACACAGUGUCUCAGAGACCGUCGAAAGAUCUCCUGCAUCUUUCGAGAUCAACGAAGCUGCAUCUGAAGCAAACACGGAAGUAUACCAGAAUAUCACUUCGGAAUCGGAUCGCCAAUCAGCUUCUGAAGAGUCCUUCGAGCAUAUCGACCUGACCGCUGUCGACCACGUCAACCAGUUGCUGCAACAGAACAACAUCGAGGUCGCCUUCGGAACACCACAUCUUACCAACGGUACCGCACAAGCAAACGUCCAACUCACCGUCACGUUCCCUACUCGCAUCAGACAACAGCAGCCCCAACCUGCUCUGCAGUUCAGCUUCAUCAAUUCGAUUGACACGCCUCCUGUUCUGCCUUCCCGUCGUGCUGCGCUAGAGCUGCUGUACGCUCUGGCGAUGGAAACUGUGGUUGGCGACACUUGA